ACCUUUCUUUCUUUUUUCCUUCUUUUUUCUUUCUUUUUCUCUACCUUUUCCCUCCCUCAGUCUAUCAUUCUGUCUCACCCCUCUUUAUCUUCUUCCCUUAUUCUCGCUCUUCCCCUCUCUAUCUCUCAAGCUCUAUCCCAUCCCAUUCACUCACCCUCUCCUGCUCUAUCCAUCCAUCCAUCCAUCCAUCCACACCUCCCAGUCUCUCUCUCUGUCUGUCUCUCCCUGCGCUCGAGCCACCUUCCCUGUACUGCAUCUCUUACCUCCAGGACCCCUAUCCUCCAUCCUCCAUCACAUCCUCCAUCCACCAUCCACCAUCCACCAUGGUGCUGUACCACAAGGAGUUUGCGCUGGCGGGUAAGGCGGCGGGGGUGCAGGUGUGGCGGAUCGAGAAGAUGGAGAUCGUGCCCGUGCCCCUGGCCCUGCAUGGGAGCUUCUACGUGGGGGACGCCUACCUGGUGCUCAGGACCGUCAAGCAGAGGGACUCCUUCUUCUACGACCUCCACUUCUGGUUGGGUAGCGAGUGCUCCCAGGAUGAGAGCACGGCGGCGGCCAUCUUUACCAUCCAGAUGGACGACUUCCUGGGGGGCAGGCCGGUGCAGUACAGAGAGCUGCAGGGCCACGAGUCCACCACCUUCACCAGCUACUUCAGAGGAGGCAUCACAUACAAGGCCGGUGGCGUUGCGUCCGGGUUCCAGCACGUGGUGACCAAUGACCUGGCUGCUCAGAGGCUGUUCCACAUCAAGGGACGCCGAGUCGUCAGGGCAACAGAGGUGCCCCUGGAGUGGGCCAGCUUCAACAAGGGAGACUGCUUCAUCAUUGACCUGGGAGCUGUCAUCUACCAGUGGUGCGGCUCCUCCUGCAACAAGUUCGAGAGGCUGAAAGCAGCCCAGGUGGCGGGCGGUAUCCGUGACAACGAGAGAAACGGCCGCGCGCAAUUGGUGGUGUUGGAGGAGGGCGGCGAGCCAGCCGAGGUCACAAAGGUUUUGGGGGAGAAGCCAGAUCUGCCCGAAGGAGAUGACAACGACGAUGCGGUUGCCGAUAUCUCAAACAGGAAAAUGGCUAAGCUCUACAUGGUAUCAGAUGCCAGUGGGGAGAUGAAGGUGUCCCUGGUGAGUGAGGAGAACCCCUUUUCCCAGAGUGCAUUGCUCUCUGACGAGUGUUUCAUCCUCGACCAUGGCAAGAGCGGCAGGAUCUUUGUCUGGAAAGGUAAGAAUGCCAACCCCAGUGAGAGGAAGGCAGCCAUGAAGACAGCAGAGGGCUUCAUCAAGCAGAUGGGUUACCCGGGCAACACACAGAUUCAGGUGCUGCCAGAGGGCGGGGAGACGCCCAUCUUCCGGCAGUUCUUCCAGGGCUGGCGCGAGCGUGAGCAGAGCGAAGGCUUCGGGAGGGUGUUUGUAACCGAGCGCAUCGCCCGCAUCAAACAGGUGCCUUUUGAUGCCUCCAAGUUGCAUGAGUCCCAGCAGAUGGCAGCACAGUACAACAUGGUGGACGACGGCACCGGGGAGACACAGAUCUGGAGGGUGGAGAGCAGUGGCAGGGUUGCCAUUGAGCACGAGGACUACGGCCAGUUCUAUGGCGGAGACUGUUACAUCAUCCUCUACACAUACAAGAAGGGACAGAUCAUCUACACAUGGCAAGGCUCCAGUUCUACCCGUGACGAGCUUACAGCUUCAGCUUUCCUCACUGUUCAACUAGACCGCUCACUGGGUGACAAUGCUGUCCAGGUGCGUGUGACCCAGGGCAAGGAGCCUGCUCACCUGCUGAGCCUCUUCAGGAAGCGCCCGCUGGUCAUCUUCCGAGACGGGACGUCCCGACAGGGAGGACAGAGCGUGCCGCCACCCACGCGCCUCUUCCAGGUCCGACGCAACCUGGCCAGCGUCACGCGCAUCGCUGAGGUGGAGGCCAAGAGCCGUAACCUGAACACCAACGACGCGUACCUGCUGAAGAUGGCGGGGGGCCAGGGGGUGCUGUGGCUGGGGAAGGGGGCCAGCCAGGAGGAGCAGGAGGGGGCCCAGUACAUCGCCCAGCUACUCAAGUGCUCCAACCUCACACACAUCAAAGAGGGACAGGAGACGGGUGAGUUCUGGUCAGCUCUGGGCGGUAAGGAGGAGUAUCAGUCAUCUAAACAGCUGGAGUCUCAGACCCUCAGCCACCCCCCUCGCCUCUUUGGAUGCUCCAACAAGACAGGACGCUUUGUGAUAGAGGAGGUUCCAGGGGAGUGGUCUCAGGACGACCUGGCAGAGGACGAUGUUAUGCUACUGGACGUCUGGGACCAGGUGUUCAUCUGGAUUGGGAAAGAUGCUAAUGAGGUAGAGAGGACCGAGUCGCUGAAAUCAGCCAAGGCCUACAUCGAAUCAGACCCGUCGGGUCGUGACAAGGGCACACCGAUAGUGACAGUGAAGCAGGGUCAUGAGCCACCGACCUUCACCGGCUGGUUCCUGGCCUGGGAUGCCGCCCGCUGGGACUCGGGCCAUGUGGCACGCGCCAUGAGCGCGCUCAAGGUCAAAUAGGGGUCAGCCGAUGUUGUCUCAGGUCGUCAUUCAUGGACACACAUUAUUGCUGAAAGCAUAGAUAUAAUAUAACAUAUAACCAGAUAUGGUAAUACUUUACAGUAGGGUUAUCAUGUUACCUGGAUGCCUAAUCAUCUAUGACUGUGUAAGUGACUAAUAAGACAUGUUUAAGCAAAACCAAGGGUAUUUGUUAUGUUUAUAUCAAUAAUAAAGGCCUUACUGGCAAACAACAAGAAAUCUGUGAAUAUAUUGCUAACAAAUGAUUGAUUUUGUUUCACACAUCUUAUAUGCCACUUAUACAGUAGGAUAACA